GGGGAGGGCGGUCCGUGUGUGUCUGUGUUGUUGUUCGGCGGCGGCGGCGGCGGCGGUAAGAUGGCUGCCCACGGGGGCUCCGCGGCGUCCUCGGCGCUGAAGGGGUUAAUUCAACAGUUCACCGCCAUCACCGGUGCAAGUGAAAGUGUAGGAAAACAUAUGCUUGAAGCGUGCAACAAUAAUCUGGAAAUGGCAGUCACUAUGUUUUUGGAUGGUGGAGGAAUCGCUGAAGAGCCCAGUACCAGUUCAGCAAGUGUCUCUACUGUCAGACCACACACAGAAGAAGAAGUUCGUGCCCCAAUUCCUCAAAAGCAGGAAAUACUGGUGGAACCAGAACCAUUAUUUGGUGCUCCUAAAAGACGACGGCCUGCACGUUCAAUUUUUGAUGGUUUCCGGGAUUUUCAGACUGAAACUAUUCGGCAAGAACAAGAAUUAAGAAAUGGAGGAGCUAUCGAUAAGAAAUUAACUACCCUUGCAGAUCUAUUCCGGCCACCCAUUGAUUUGAUGCAUAAAGGCAGCUUUGAAACAGCCAAAGAGUGUGGCCAGAUGCAAAAUAAGUGGCUGAUGAUAAACAUUCAAAAUGUGCAAGACUUUGCCUGUCAGUGCCUCAACCGCGACGUGUGGAGCAACGAAGCUGUGAAGAAUAUUAUCCGGGAACAUUUCAUUUUCUGGCAGGUUUAUCAUGACAGUGAGGAAGGUCAGAGAUACAUACAGUUUUAUAAGUUAGGGGAUUUCCCCUAUGUUUCCAUAUUGGACCCACGGACAGGUCAGAAGCUAGUAGAAUGGCACCAGUUAGAUGUAUCUUCUUUCUUGGACCAAGUGACGGGAUUUCUGGGUGAACAUGGACAACUGGAUGGACUUUCUAGCAGUCCGCCCAAAAAAUGUGCCCGUUCAGAGAGCCUUAUAGAUGCAAGUGAAGACAGCCAGCUAGAAGCUGCCAUCAGAGCCUCCUUACAAGAAACACAUUUCGAUUCAACACAGACAAAACAGGAUAGCCGCUCAGAUGAAGAAUCUGAAUCUGAACUUUUUUCUGGCAGUGAGGAAUUCAUAUCCGUUUGUGGCUCUGAUGAAGAAGAAGAGGUAGAGAAUCUUGCCAAGUCCAGAAAGUCUCCCCAUAAAGAUUUGGGGCAUAGAAAAGAGGAGAAUAGAAGGCCGCUGACUGAGCCCCCAGUCAGAACUGAUCCUGGAACUGGAACAGCCACAAACCACCAAGGAUUGCCAGCCGUGGAUUCAGAGAUACUUGAGAUGCCACCUGAAAAAUCAGAUGGAGUAGUGGAGGGGAUAGAUGUAAAUGGACCAAAAGCACAGCUGAUGUUGCGGUAUCCAGAUGGAAAAAGGGAACAGAUCACUCUUCCAGAGCAAGCUAAACUGCUAGCUUUGGUGAAGCACGUCCAGUCUAAAGGAUAUCAUGAGCGUUUUGAACUUCUCACCAACUUUCCUCGAAGGAAAUUAUCUCAUCUGGACUAUGAUAUUACAUUGCAAGAGGCAGGCCUUUGUCCUCAAGAGACUGUCUUUGUACAGGAAAGAAAUUAACACCAUGGCUUGACCUCUCUCAGCUUACCCCUUUUUUCCCUUUUCCUGUGAGAUACCAUGUCACUAAGUAUGCAUUUUGGCUCAUAGGACCACAGAGCCAAAGUUGGGCAAGCAAGUCACCUUCCUUCUCUGAUUUCUUGAUCUCUCCUGUGAUCAGUCUCUUUCUCCCCCUUUGUUUUUCUCUUCUGUUUUCUCCCUCCCCACUCCGUACUCUUCCCCCUCCCCUACACUUUCUUACCUAAUCUGGUGACCAAAUUGAAGUGUAAGAAUAAGACCUCUCUAUUAGCAGCAGGAAUUGUGUCCCAGUAAGUAGUCUUCUGCACGGCACUUUUUGGGAUCAAAUGUUAACGUUACUCCCCAGACUCUUUGGGCAAAGGAAUGGCUAGAUUCAGAGUAAGAACAACCCUCCCUUUUUGUAAGCCCCAUGUGUAGCAGGGGAGAAGAAAUUAUCUAACGUGGAUUUGGUUUGUUGUGUUCUUCAUGUAGGAAAUAUCACUUAAGAAAAUAUCCAGGCUUUUGUUUCCGUGGAAAAAGCAUCCCUUAGCAAUUAUUGCUCAUCAUACCUAAAAACUUUUUCAAAGGAUUUUCAUGUUCCCAAUAGAACUAUUUCCAUGACAUGUGUUACUAGCAGAAUGAGUGUUAAAUAUGGAGCAUAUAGCAUGGGGUGACUUUCAUUGUCUAAGCUGAGACAGUUUUCUUUAUUACUCUGUAUUGGUCCUGCUAGUCCAGGAAUGGACAUUAAGUGACCCUAUCGUGGUGACUGGGAUAGGAAGAUGCUUGCUGUUUUUGCCAGCACAGCAGAUUAGCUCCUUUGGAGCCCUCCAUUAUCCAGUCUGAGUGAUCUGUAGGGAAGGCAGCUGGUCAAUAAUCAUGCAGUGCAAUGGCUUGUAAUUGUAACCACUGUGGUUAUUGAUUGUCCUGUGGUGUUUCAGGCAUACUUAGGUAUGUCCCUGGGGAAAAAAAAAAACCAUUCAGCUGAGAGUUGCUAACCAUGUUCUUCUGGUUAGAAAUAAUGGUUCAUUUUUGCCCUGGUUGGAAUAGUCUCUGAAAGGCUGUGGUGACUGAAUUGAACAUGAGUCCGCAUGCUGUUUUCUUUCAAAAGGUAUCAGAACUGAAAGCCUCUCUAAGGGGAAGACUUUUAAACUCAAUUCAAAAGACAACAUUUAGUAAAGUGGGGAGUGGCGGAGGGUGCUAGUCAUUUUCAGAUGUUGUAAGGUUUCUGCCAACAAAGGCAAAAAAUCAAAUUUGAGUUAGUGAAAGCUUUCUUCGGUGUUUUAGAAGAGGCCAUCUUGAAUCUGUAGAAUACCAUUUACACACCAACUUCACCCUAUGCUCAGUUCAUAUUUUGAGCUUAAAUGGAAUCCUCUGAAGGGGUAGUCGUGAUUCUAGAAGUUUGCUUGUAAAAUGAAAAUAUUAAAUGGACCUUUUUGUCAAUUGAGGAUUUAGAUUGAUUCUUUUAUCCGAGGCGUAAGUUCACUCGGCGUUUAUAGAGACCUUUAGGUUUUCAUCUACUUUAAGAUUGUCUCUUGGCAAUGAGGGGAUUGGGGAAAAGAAGAAAAAAGAUGCUGUGUGUUGCUAGUACACAGUUACAGACUAUGGUUUCUAAUGGUUGAAUUUUGAGGAACCUCCCAAAAGAAUGAGUUCUGUAUCUCCUCAGAAAUCUUGGACAAUUCUGUUUAUUCUUCAGUGAUCCUUUUGAAUUAAUGUUCUUACAUUUUUCUAAGUCUGUGUAAGUGCUUGUAUGUAUAAGUAUAUAAUUGUAUAAAUAUUUAUAAAUAUAUUUAUAUAAUUACAGUUUCAUUCUACCUUGGAGUCAAAGUUCUCUCUUUAGAUUGGUGACUAUACUUACACUUUGGUGUUUUCAUGGAAACUCUUGAGGCUUAACUAAGCAGCUUCAUGAUUUAUUGAGUGAAAGAUGGGGUUUUCAUGUUCAUUCCUCAGUUGUAUCUCUGAACUUGGAUAACAUACUUGCCGUUUGAAGAAUAGAGCUGUAUAUUAUCAAAGGUGCACUGGAGGGUAAAACAUUUGUUGGUAGCAGACAAGGUCAGAAAUCUAAAAAUUCAGGGAGGCACAGGGUAAGAAGAGGAGGUUUGCUCAGCUUUGCGCUCUGAUGGUGCCCAUCUGUACUCCAGCAAAGUCAUAGCUGAAGCCCAGCUCGCUCAAACAUGUCAAGUCAGCCGUUUUUCCUGUCGGGCUCUGUUUCAUUCUCUUUACCUUCUAGCUUCUCGAUAGAACAGCUGGGAGAACUGACAUGUUCAUCAGUGAGAGGCUGUAGCUCUUUCUGACAUGUUCAGCACAUGCAUAUUCAUUGAUGAGAAACCAAAGUGACUUUCUCAGUUUGGGUUACCGAGAUGAUUGAGUAAGAGAGAAACUGAUUUAACAGACAGCAUGAGUACUUUCACCCAGCAACAUGCAGCUGGGUCGUCUACAAUACAAGAUGUGGUGGGCUUUAUUUUAUUUUAUUUAGAGGCAGGAGUGUAAUUAUCUCAGGGUUGAUACAGAGGCCCAUGGGAGUGAAUUCUGACUUGUGCAUGAAAGAGAAGUCCAUAAAGUAUUGCAGCAUAGAAGUUCAAUCCACUGACAAGUAGCGUCUUCCAGUUUCACCUUAUUUCCUCUGCAAGUUUCUUUGCUCUUUUUAGACAGAGGUUUUAUUGAAUAGAUUAAAUGAGGUCAGUAAGGUUAGUUAAAAAUAGUCAUUCUUUGUGGGUGUUGGACACAGCUGAAAGAGAGUGUUAAAAAAAAAAAAAAAACUAGAGAGGAAAAAA